CAGACAGACGCGCUCAUACAGCGUGGGAGCACGACGCACUCGGAUCCACGACAAAAAGCCGCUGUUAUUCACACGCCGUGUCCUUUUUCCUUCCCUCCUGGAACCAAGUGUGCGCUUCAACCGCACUUGUUUGGAGACUUGCGUCCGUGCUGCGUUUUUUUUCUCCUCAUUUUUUUUUUCUUAUUUCUUUGGAACAUGCAGUUGGGAGCCGACCCCACUUUUUCCUAAUUUAUGUGAGACGCAUGUAUUACCUUUUUUGCGUGUGACGGGUUUUAACAGGGGCCAAGGAUUUGCCAGAGUCUUUUUUUUCCUUUUUCGUUUUCUUUGCACAGAAUGGAAGGUAAAUUGACAAGCCGUCUGUGGCGAGGAUCACCGUGUGGAUCUCUGCGCAGGUAAAAGGCGCAAUGACCUGAGCGGGUGAGCGGCUGGAUUCUAUGUUCAUCAGAGGAUUUUUUUACACGUUUUUUUUAUGUUGAUAUAUUUAGUUUAUAAUCUGGAACUUUAUUUUUCCAGUGGGAAAGGUCGUUAAUAGAUAGGCCGUUUUCAAUUACAACCAAAGCCUCAAAGUAUAGACUCCAUCCAAGGUUUCUGUGCAGCGGCGCUCUGGGUCGCUGUAGAUGCUUUUUGUGCCUUAAUUGCUACCGCAACAAUCACGCACUGAAAAGUCAAAGAAAAUGACUGUUCGUUAGCUCUCACUUUAAUCUUUUCAUAUGUCCCGCUGCUUUCCACCAGACCCUAAGCUGCUAGACGCACGGAGCGCUUUCAUAGAUCUUUUUUUUUUCUUUUGAGCGACUGUGCUCACCAGAACAUUAAAGCAGAGGAACUCUCCCCUUUAGUCUUACAUUCUGUCAACCCAAGCUCUUCCCAAGAGAGCCGGAUCUUUUUGAUUUCUUUUUUUUUUUUUUUUUUUUUUUUUUUUUUUUUCUCUCAAAGAGGCGAAAUUUACUUCCAGUGCAGCGGAAAAGGAAAUCUUAAAUCCACCUGGCCUGCACUGGGAUUAUUGGUUUGAUAUCGUCUGCGGAGAGUGGAUUACAUCUUCUAACGUGCUGGGCUCCCCGAUCUCUGGCAGUAUGAACCUGGCGCUAGGCUGUGUGCGCCGGCCAGUUUGCUGGCCCUUUGGCAGCGUGCUGGACUCCAGACACUGUGUCUUUGCCCUUACGCUGCUUACACUUCUCAUGCAGGUGGUGGUGGAGGCCAACUCAUGGUGGUCUCUGGCCAUGAACCAGAUACUGGUCCCAGAGGUGUACAUCAUCGGUGCCCAGCCUCUGUGCAGCCAGCUGGUGGGACUGUCGCAGGGUCAGAAGAAGCUGUGCCAGCUCUACCAGGAUCACAUGCAGUACAUCGGCGAAGGUGCCAAGACGGGUAUCAGAGAGUGCCAGUACCAGUUCAGACAUCGCCGCUGGAACUGCAGCACGGUGGACAACUCCUCUGUUUUUGGACGGGUCAUGCAAAUAGGCAGCCGAGAGACGGCGUUCACUUACGCCAUCAGCGCAGCGGGGGUCGUGAAUGCAGUGAGCCGCGCCUGCAGAGAGGGGGAGCUCUCCAGCUGCGGGUGUAGUCGUGCCGCUCGCCCCAAAGAUCUUCCCCGAGACUGGCUGUGGGGCGGCUGUGGGGACAACCUCAUCUAUGGCUACAGGUUCUCCAAAGAGUUUGUCGAUGCACGUGAGAGGGAGAAGAGCUAUCCCAAAGGCUCGUAUGACAGUGCACGACUGUUGAUGAAUCUUCACAAUAAUGAGGCGGGACGAAGGACGGUGUCAGAUCUUGCCCAUGUUUCCUGCAAGUGCCAUGGCGUGUCAGGCUCUUGCAGCCUGAAGACCUGCUGGCUUCAGCUGGCCGACUUCCGCAAGGUGGGCGACGCGUUGAAGGAAAAGUACGACAGUGCCGCAGCCAUGAAACUCAACUCUCGCGGAAGGUUGGUGCAAAUGCACAGUAAGUUCAACCCUCCCACGAACCACGAUCUGGUGUACAUUGACCCCAGUCCAGACUACUGCUUGAAGAACCAAAGCACAGGCUCCCUGGGCACAGUGGGGCGCCUUUGCAACAAGACCUCAGAGGGCAUGGAUGGGUGUGAGCUGAUGUGCUGCGGCAGAGGUUACGACCAAUACAAGGCCCUGAUAGUGGAGCGCUGCAACUGCAAGUUUCACUGGUGCUGCUACGUCAAGUGCAGACGCUGCACCAAAACUGUAGACCAGUUCGUCUGCAAGUGAGAACUGUUGCAUUUGUGAGCAGUAGAGCAAAGGAAUGGAAGACGGAGAGAGAAUGGAAGAAAGAAACUAUAUAAAUUAUAUUUAUAGAGUUAAACAAUUAUGUCAUUGCAAAAAGACACUCCUUUUUUUUAAAAAAAAAACAACAAAAAAACCUUAUGUCUACAGAAACUGAGAGUAUUGUGAAAUAUUUAUUUGUAGAUUGUUUUAUUCAGGCCCAGUCAUCACCAGACUUUUUUUUUUUUUUUUUAACUUUCAAGUGCCUAAAACGGUCUGAAAAUGUCCCCCCACCUCACCUUUUUUGUUUUUAAUGCAAGAGAAGAUGUUUUCUCAUCAAAUGGGUCACUCUGAUUGCUAAAUUGAACUGUGCCUCCCAUUUUCUAACAGGAAAAGUCUUGUAUUUGUGGCAUAGUUGGCUCAGAGGUUCUGAUUCGUUGUUUUGAAAAUGACUGUGUAGAGAAGAGGAAUGCAUGCGUGCUGCGGGUGUCCCUCCUCAAGUCCCAAACUGGAUUUCACGAUGCCUGCAUGUCACCUGUCACCGCACGUGCCGGAAAGGACACUGUUGGUUUGCGUGAGUCCUUUCAGUACUAUGGUUAUAAAAGGCAGGAUAUUUUUGGGGGACUGGGCCACUUAUUAAGCUGUCCCAGAAGCCUUAAUGUUCCCCAGGUGCUGCAACAAGCCCUCCACCAUUAUGCACUUUGAUUCAGAGACUUUGACUGGUCGGUAUGUCUGUUCAGCUGUUAUCAGUAUACUCAUAUUAUAGCCUACAUUUUUCCCAUAUUAAUUCAGAUUAUCAGUUUAACAUUAUUCUACAGUACUUAUCCUGGUUUUAAUAUAUAUGGGCAAUGUUGUGGUUACAGUGGUGAAAAAUUCAGUGCUAUCUGUAUAUAGUAUGUCUAUCCAACCAAUCAGUAAACUGUAUUUAUUUCCUUUAAUCCUAAAGAAAAGCAUUGUCUCCAUAAUAAAUAUUUAGUCAGAUAUCUCUGCAUUUUAAGGUCACUUCAGAAUCCUUCUUCACACCAAUGUGGCUUUUCACUGUUUUUUGUAAAAGGGAAAUGCACCUUAUUUGUUUGAAACCAUUUCUUUCUGCUCACUCAUGUUCAGCGUUACUGUCGCACACAUUGCAUCACAAAAUGUUCCGAUUCUGCUAUUGCCACGUAUUUCCAGUACCACUCAGUUAACCUCUCACUAUCCCUGUGAUCAUUCUCAAUAGGCCAACUGUUUCUACCAAUUCAACUAUGUAUAUUUAUAAGCUUCUUACGAAUUUGAGGUUUGUUAAACAUAAUGUGUUAUAGCUGAUAUUUUGUUACCUUUUUACAAAUUGGCUAAUUGCUCUACUUUUUGUUUCAAUAAAUAUCAAAUGUAAAACCA